GCACGUUUCCUUUUCAGCGAAAGCUGUGCAAGGCUAUGCUCACUUAUAAGAGUGAUCCGGCCCGAUCGAGGUUCCUUCACACCCCAACGCCAACACGUUUCAACAUGCGGUUUCUUCCUUCCUUCAUCUCGUCCGAGCUCGCCAACUUUCGUCAAUUUUCCUCCAUGCUCGACGAAUCCUCAAUCCAAGGCAAUGUGACCCUCCAGGCCGCCGGGCUCAUCGCUCUCGCAGACAUUUCCGCUGUCACCAUCAGAACGGCGCUUACUGGGUCAGAAUCCGUUUUUGACGUCCUUGUCAUUGCGCCAGGAAUGCACCUGCAGCAGUCAGCGGGUGAGAUAAAUCACGGUGAAUUUCCUACGACUGGCGCAAUGACCACCGGAUAUGUCUUUCGUGUUGAAAACCCAGCCACUGUGAGUUACCUGCAAAACAUUGGUAUCACAGGCCGUCUCGUCACAGCACACGUGGACCCAAGCCCGUCUUUUGACGAGAACCUAUCUGAAGAGAAUAAGCUACUCCAGUCCUUGUUCGUGGCUGGAGUUCCUGCCACUCUGCUGUACGCUCUUUGUCCCGCGUUGACGAUCGUCGUGGUCGUGUUAUUGGGUGUUGUUCGGGAUUGGUGGGCCUUGGGCAGUUUGGGAGGGUUCGUGUUGGCGAGGUUCAUUAAUAUGGUCGUUAUCAAGCGAAGGAACGAAAAGGGAUGGAAAGGGGUGCCAGAGAAGGGUCAGAACGGGGAUCUUCUUAUCUUGCUGAGUCAGGAUCGCUGGGUGCGCUUGCGGGGAACAGUGGAGGAUCUCAAAGCUGUCACAGCAGGCCAGUGGUUGCGAGAUCUGACAGCCACAGAGAGUUUUGCUGUCACGUGUGCGACCAUGUUGAUCUAUGUAUCUGCCGUUCUUGCCUUCAAUGCAUCAACGGUAGGGUGCUUGCUCAUCGCGGGGUUACUUCUGUCUACGGUCGCUCUCUUGACUCUAUGCAACUCCUCAACGCAAUGUCUGCAAAUGUGCGAUCGGAUCGUCCGAAGAGUACGAAUUUCGGACAAGUAUCCGCGUCGGAGGGUGAUGGCGGACCAAUUGGUUGCAGAAACGGGCCGAAAGGACUGGGCCGUUGGUAUGGGACUGAUACUUCCUGAUCCUGGGGAGAGAGGCGCGGUCAAUGUUUGAUAUGUUUUAGCACGGAGAUGCACACCAAACCCAGAUUGCUAUUGUACGCAUAACUGCGGCGUCCACCAAUUCGUGGUUAGUUGAUGCAAUGACAUCAGUGAUGUCCUGCUGUGCUCGUCGUUACUUUGAUCCUAUUUCCUGUUUCGUCGAUGUAGGUUUGGAAAGGAUCUUCACUCUGUAUGCCAUCAUCCUAUGCUUCUCCUGUUCCAUCCGGGCGUUUAGUGAUACCCAGACUUUUGUAUUAGCUAGCCCCAUAUAUCUUUUCUUCUAUGUUGUAUGCUAAACAUUGAAGUCCGGUGAUUUUAGUAGUCA